AUGUCGCUUAAACGAAAGUGCGAUUUCGAUCAAUUUGAUACAUCUCUGUCAACAGCAUCAUUAUGUACCGAAGAUGGAUCAACGACAACAUCAUCUAUAACAACAACAAAAUAUAUUAAAACAGAACCACUUCUUCAUCGAGUAUCAUCAAAUAAUAUUUUCUAUAGCCAUAACUCACCAUCCAAUGAUCAUACUGAUUAUGUCAAUACCAGUAAUAGUUCACCUUUAUCAAAUACUCAAGAAUCACAUGGUGAUCAUUUUGAAUCAAAUAUUCAUAACAAUGAAACAAGCAAAUAUACAUCACCAACAAAUAACAAUAAUAAUAUUACAACUAAUAAUAAUACAAUUAAAACUAAUGAAAAAUAUUCAACUAGUAUAAUAUCUUCAAAUGAAUCUCAUUCAGAAAUAAAAGAAACAUCAUCUGAUUUAACUCAACCACAACGAAAACGUCGUAAAAAUAUUCCAUCAUCAAAAAUAUCUCGACCACCAAUACCAUCAUCGUCAUCAACAACAAUAAUAUCAAAUAAUAAUAUAAAAAUUGAAAAAGAUAUUCCACAAUUACCUACAAAACCAACUCAUACAACAUCAACAACAAAAACAAAUGCAACAAUGAUAUUUAAUUUAAUACGUUCAUUAUUAGAAGAAAAACAAUUUGAUAAUAAUGAUGAAAAUUUAAUAUCAACUAUUGAUUGUCUCAUUAAUAGUUUACAAAAUUUACGUGAAAGAAUAAAUACAAAUGAAACAAAUACUUCGACUACCACUUAUAAUAAUAAUAAUAAUAAUAAUAAUGAGAAAAAUUCUUCAUUAAGAAAUAUUUAUAAUGAUGAUACAAUUCCAUUAAAUUUAUCAAAACCAAAAAUAAGACAUCAAACACGUUUAGCAUCAACAAAUAGUGAUGAUAUGAGUCCAAGUACAACAACAGUCAGUUCACCAUCACCAUCGAAUCCAACUUUAUCAUUAGCAUCAACACUUUUUCCUUCACAAGCACUUUUUUAUGAGAAACCUUUUUUUUCUCCAUUUUCAGUUCCUAAUAUGACUCAAAUACAAAAUUAUUUAAAAUUAUCAGUUGGAUCAGUAAUGAAUGAUUCAUUAAAUAUGAAAAAUGGGGAAAAUGGUUCUUCACGAUGUUCAUUACCAUCUCCAUUUGUUGCUGGUCUAAAUAUGUGUACUUUUCCACCGGCAUCCAAUCAUCUCUCACAUCAUUCAAAUUUACCAACAUCAUCACACGAAACAUUCUCUUUUAUAGCUCGUCACAUAUCAACAAAUCGAAAGGAACGAAAUCAUGUUCAUCAUCAUCAUCAUUCAUCAUCAAAUAGUUUAUCAAUUUUAACAAAUACGAAUGGAAAUAAUGAAACGAAUCUAACAAGUGCAACAUCUUCAUCAUCAACAUUAUCUAAUGAUCAUAUAAAACGACCAAUGAAUGCAUUUAUGGUUUGGGCACGUGAAGAACGACGAAAAAUCUUAAAAGCAUGUCCUGAUAUGCAUAAUUCAAGUAUAAGUAAAAUCUUAGGUGCUCGAUGGAAAGCAAUGAGUAAUGAAGAAAAACAACCAUACUAUGAAGAACAAUCACGUUUAAGCAAAGUUCACAUGGAAAAAUAUCCUGAUUAUCGAUAUAGACCGCGACCGAAACGAACAUGUGUCAUCGACGGUAAGAAAAUGCGUUGGUCGGAGUACAAACAAAUGCUAAAAAAUCGAAAACAUAGUCCAUUUGAUGAUGCAUUAUCACCUGAUGGAAAUCAUUAUCUAAGUAUAAAAGAAGAUGAUGAUGAUGAAGUUGUUGAUGAUGAUGAAUGUAGUACAGAUGGUAGUGACAAUUCUCAAAAGGCGCUUAUUUUUGCUGAUUAA